GGUUACGCUUGUCGUUACGCGUCCGGCGUUCGCGACAGAUUUUAGAUUUUCAUGCAGAAUACAACGUACAGCUCCCAUUCGUCAUCUCAGCGCAGCAAUAUUUUACGGCGCGCGAAACGAGAUUAUCCUCGACAAACGACGGGCCGACGAACGGGCGGCUGCGGGAGACCCCUGAGCGAAAUGGCUUGCGAAGCUUGCAACGCCAAGUUCAACCUGUUCAAGAGAAAAAAACAAUGUGUGGACUGUCUGAGAUAUUUCUGCUCCGAAUGUGUGAUCAAACGGUUGGACAAGGUGUUUACCUGCGAUAGCUGUGGCCUGCUGUCAAGGAGGCCACUUAUUAGGAAUCAGAUUAGACAAAUACGUUCUAGAGACUUGCGCCAGUAUCUCGUGGCAAAGAAGGUUUCCGUUAAGGGUUGCGUCGAAAAAGAAGAUUUGGUGCAUUUACUAAUGCUCUUUGCUAAUGGAACUGACCCAUGCUUGAGUUCUGAUUACAGUGCAAGCGCCAGAGCGCAACAUGCUGCCGAAGGACCAUAUUCCAGAGCAGUUGAUUCUGCUUUAAACAGAAUGGAAAACAUGCCAAACGUUAGUAGUGCGAGUAAUCCUGGCGAAUCUGGCGAACCUAGUGAUCUUGGUGCAAAUGUGCAAACAUCAACAGAACCUAUAAGAAACGAGGACGUCGAAAUGGCGGAAGAAGCAAGUGAAAGUAGUCAUAGUAGUCCGAUUAUUAGUGUUCCACUUAGCAGCGAUAGUGAAUUACUUGAGGAAAGACCAACAAAAAGUAGCGAUGUUGAAAUAGAAGAAGUAUUUGAGAGUGAGAGUAAUUCGACCGAGCCUAGCACUGCACCAGAGCCAGUGGUCGUCGAGCAAGAGGAAGUUCCUGAAACAUCGAACGAGAAAAAAUCGGAUAUAGUCACGGAGAUUCCUACGUGGUCAGAUAAAGUGCAAUUAUCGGAUAUAAAGGAAGCCUCAGAAUUAGAAUAUCUAAGCAUUAAACAAUUAAAAAAUUUGUUGAGUACAAAUCGUGUAGAUUAUAAAGGCUGCAUAGAGAGACAGGACUUGAUGAACAAAGUGUCCAGAUUGUGGCAUGAAUAUAAUCAAUCUAGAAAGGAUGUGGAAAAACUCAGCGAGGAAGAAUUGUGCAAAAUCUGUUGGGACGCGCCGAUUGAAUGUGUAAUUUUGGAAUGCGGCCAUAUGGCUUGUUGCAUAAAUUGUGGCAAACAAAUGUCCGAAUGUCCAAUAUGUAAACAAUAUGUUGUUCGUGUUGUACGAUUCUUCAAAGCCUAAAGAGGCAAUGAUCAGAAUAUAAAAGCGACUGAUUUUUAUUUUGUAGACUAAGAAGAGUUAUUACACAUUCUCUUUAUUUCUGAGAUUGUUAAAUUAUCAGGGAUUGAUUCUGACAUAUUAUGAAUUUAUAAUAAGAAAUCAAAAUUAAAAAAAUACUAAAUUUUUGUGCAAUAAUUUAUAGCGUAUUUCGGUAUACAAUUAAAAUUAGCUCUGCAAGACAUAUCUAGGCUUUUUUAAAGAUAAGAUUUUAAAGUUUAAGUUCAAGAUAAAUUUAAAUUUGUUAAUUUUGUGGCAUUUUUUGAAAUAUAAAUCAGAAUUCUUCUUAGGCAGAGGAUAGUAUUUGUAAAUAAAUUUAAAUAUCUACAUUAUGUAUUGAUUAUAUCAAACAAUGUACAUACAUACAUACAUAUUUGCAUAUGUAUGUAUAUAUAUCGCAAAAUGAAUAAUGUUAAGGUAAUAUAGUUUUUGUAUUACAGAGUUGUGUGUAUGUGUGCGUUUGCACACUUGUAAUACUCCAAUCUCCUGUGAUCCUGGAAAUUUUGUAAAUUCUGUAUAUUGUACAGAUUGUAUCUUUUUUAUGAAAAUAAAUAAUAUAUAGA